AUGAACAUGUUCUCGACCAUUACUCUUUCGCUCGUGCUCUUCGCAAGCUCGGCACUUGCCCUUCCGCUCUCUGUCCCAGAGCCAAGCAUCGUCACCAAGAUGGCGAUAUCAAUCGGGGUGCCAUUUGACAUGGAAACAUCAAAAUCUAGCCCAGCCGCACAUAUAGUGGCUCGAUCUGCUGAGUGGGCGGUUCCCUCACCCGCAGCGCCAGCCUGGACUGCAGACCCGUCCGUUUGGACUCCGUCUCCACCAGCAUGGACCGAUGCACCGCAGCAGACUUGGGCAGCUAUACCAAUUCCAUCCUGGGCGCCGACUCAAGCUUCCCCUACGCCCACGCCCAACCCCUCCUACACCUGGGCCGAAACGCACGACGACAGCAAAACCACCCUAACCAACGGCAUCAUCUGCGGCAUCGUGUUCGGCGGAUUCUUCGCCCUCGUCAUCCUUGUAUUCGCCAUCUUUACCACGUAUCAUCGAGCUAUCAAGCCGUGGUAUAGGGGUAGGCGCGGCAAGGGGGAUAUCGAGGCGGCGAAGGCUGUGAGCAUUGCGUCGACGGAUGCGGGCGGGGUGCAGAUGACGGAGGUGCCUGAGCGCAUUCAUGGGUUGAUCGGUGAUGGUGAUCGUGGGGAGGAGGAGACGGCAGGUGUUGGUGUUGUUGUAUCAAGUUGUUGA